AUGUUGAGCAGAUUGGACUUGGAUGGCUCGGGAGUAAUCGACUACACCGAGUUCUGUGCAGCUGGUAUCGGCGAACGCGUCAGCCUGGAGGAAGAUGUUCUGUGGGCUGCCUUCAAGGCCUUUGACGUGCAGGAUGACGAUGGCAGGAUCACCAAAGAUGAGAUCACACAGGUCCUGCGAAGUGUAGAUGUCAACAAGCUGUGGACUGCAGAGGUCUGUCAGGACGUGGCCGAAGAAAUCUUCGCCAACUUCGAUCAGAACGGGGAUGGCUCCCUUGACUUCGAGGAUCCUGGGCCAAAGGGUCACUCCACAGUGCCUUUGCAGUGUGAAGAUGAUGAGAUCGACCCGGAAGAGAGGCAGCUGAUCGUGCCAUGGCAGCAGUCCUCUAUUGGACCUGUGGAUGAAUUGGAGAGUGACCUACGCAUCGGCAAGGCUGACAAGGCUUAUCACAUCCUCACAAAACUGGACGAUGUGCAACGCAGCCGCACUCCAACUCACUCACAAGGCCAUUGUUGCGCUGCAAACCAGCGCCGGGGUGGGGGCUGUUCCCCACUGAGGGUUCGUUGUCUUGUUCCAACCAACCAGGCAGGCAGUCGAACAAGGGAUGUAUGUGGGUUGAAGGACAACGAAUAG